CAAUCUGCUUUAGUGUGCCGGAAUAGGAGGCGGGUGAGGUAGCGAGACCGAGGUUGUGGUCCACUGGACGUUUCGAGCAAACCUGAGGCCGAAUCGCGUCAAAGCUGUUUUCUUUCGUCCCAUGAACACAGUUCGAAAGGGUGUGAAAUUAGUUACACUCGUUAUAGGCCCACAGUUCGACAGGUUUUGAAAUUUGGUACACUCGUCUAGCGCACUUUCGAAUUUAUUCCGUCCAAAUCAAAUGGAGUAAUUGGAUUCUUGUGUGUCCUGAGUGAAUGGAUUCGAGGUGAACGAUCGUGUGAAUCAAGGCCGCUGCGCCGAAACGCAACGUAGAGUUGGUUUUGGUGAUGAAUUGGAGCCUGGUUUAUCAAGAAAACGAGGUUACACUGCAUACGUGGAGCUCAGAGUCUUUUGUCGGUUUACACUUCCAUCUUUGAGAAUCGGACGUGUUGAAUUGAAGGGGCCUUCAUUUCGUUUUGGGACGGAUCUUCUUUUGAUACCGAAAUUCGGAAGGCCCUGAAACGCAGCUAAGCAACAUGGAGGUGGGGGCGCUCCCUGUGAGAUCUCUUAACUACCUUAUGACGAAGACGGGGUUAGAUGGCUCAGAAGACCAUAUGGUCGUGGUCGCUAUUUCAUUGUUCGUGACCUUGCUGUGCGCUUGCAUUGUGCUGGGCCACUUGAUGGAGGAAUUUCAGUAUAUCAGCGAGUCUGUUACCGCCAUCAUCCUUGGGUUUUGUACUGGGAUCAUCGUGCUGGUAGCAAGCAAUGGAGCAAGCUCACAUGUUUUGCAAUUUAAUGAAGAACUUUUCUUUAUAUAUCUGCUACCUCCUAUUAUUUUUAAUGCUGGUUUUCAGGUCAAGAAGAAGCAGUUCUUCCGGAACUUUAUUGCCAUCAUGCUUUACGGAGUAAUUGGAGUCUUUAUCUCUUUUGCCAUUAUCUCAGCAGGUUGCAAAUUCACGUUUCCUAAGUUUGGACUUGACAAACUGACGAUAGGCGAUUACCUUGCUCUUGGUACUAUUUUCUCCGCUACAGACUCAGUUUGUGUUCUGCAGGUUCUUAAUCAGGAUGAUUCACCUCUACUAUACAGUCUUGUGUUUGGAGAAGGAGUUGUCAAUGAUGCUACCUCUGUAGUCUUAUUCCGGGCUGUACAGAAAUUAUCUUUCAAAGAUUUCACGGGUAUGGAAGUGAUUCGAAUUUGUGGAAGCUUCUUGCAGCUAUUCUUCUCCAGUACUGUUCUGGGUGUUGCGAUUGGAUUACUGAGUGCUUACAUUAUCAAGACUCUUUACCUAGCAAGGCAUUCUACUGACCGUGAAAUUGCAUUAAUGACCAUUAUGGCUUACUUGUCAUAUAUCUUGGCCGAGCUUUUCUACUUGAGUGGGAUUCUUACUGUCUUCUUUUGUGGCAUUGUAAUGUCCCACUAUACCUGGCAUAAUGUUACUGAAAGCUCCCGAAUAACCACCAGGCAUGGCUUUGCGACUAUGUCUUUUAUUGCGGAGACUUUCAUUUUUCUAUAUGUGGGAAUGGAUGCAUUAGAUGUGGACAAAUGGAAGAUGGUGCAGAUAUCCUCAGGAGACUACUUCGGUCUCUUUUUUACUAUCAUUACCUUGGUCUUGGUUGGCCGAGCUGCUUUCGUAUUUCCGCUGUCCGCACUUGCUAACUACAUGCGCAAGAGCAGCGAUACUAAAAUCACGUUCCGUCAGCAGAUUGUGAUCUGGUGGGCUGGAUUGAUGAGAGGUGCAGUAUCUAUUGCCUUAGCAUUUAAUCAGUUCACAAGUUCUGGAGAUGCAAAUCGUCCAGAAUAUGCGGCAGCCAUCACUGCCACCAUCGGCAUUGUUCUAUUUACAUUGAUGGUCUUUGGGACGGCCACCAAGCCGUUGAUGCGCUGCGUGCUCCCACCGACUUCGAAAUCAGAAUAUCUGGAAUCUGAACCACAUACUCCCAAGGAUUUCAGUUUUUCUGACUUUCAUGUCCCUCUGCUAUUAGGAUCCAACCAGCUAAGUGGAAGCCCCCGUCCUGUUGCACGAAGAAGCUCCUUGGUUAUGCUUUUGUCGGCUCCAACCAACGUCAUCCAUGAUGCAUGGAGAGCCUUUGAUGACGCUUACAUGCGGCCUUUGUUUGGUGGCCGAGGUUUUGUUCCCUACAACUCUGACCCCUUGACAAAUGCAGAGGAUGAUGUGGCGUAUCCGUGUCACUAAUUUACUAACUGUAUGUGUAAUAUACGUAGUCUUUUUUCUUUUCCAAUUGCCCUCACUCAUCUGAUUCUCGACGAGCGCGAUAGCAGCACAUAUUUAAUGGUGUUGUGGGUGAUUGGGUUACAUUGAAGUUUUUUUGGAGCUAGUUAUAUGGAAAUACAUGGGAGUAAUAGGCAUUUUAGUGAUUCAAUAUCACUGUGAGAAUUGGUACUUCGUAUUGGAACAUGUCCGAUUUGUGUUUCUGGAAUUUUUUCACCUGUAACAACUAUGUCAAAAUAAGUCGACAUUUAUAUUUUUGACAAUUUCUGAAAUGACAGUGAAGAAAUAUUAGUAAUCUGGAGCCACAUGAUGUAGAUUAUUGAGAUCGGUUUACUUCAAACAGAAGCAGGUCUCGAGUUCUCACCAUAAUACCUGGUUUUAUUACCCUUGAUAGUGUGGUGGCUGUAAUUUUUCUGUCGCGUUCGUUCAUUUAAUAAAUUCUUCCCAGGUGCAUUGCCCACACCUUGGCACUUAGAUUUUUUUUCU